AUGACUACAAUUAUUGAAAAUACUACAACAAAAAUUAUUGAAAAUGAUAAAUUAAUUAAUUUAGAUUAUCAAAUACCAAAAAUUAAUGAAAAUUUUGCCAUAGGUAAAGCAUUAAUUGAUCAUAUUACAUUAAUUGAUCAUGAAGAAUGUGAAGCAGGUGAUGAAGAUUCAUUUUUUGUUUGUGAUUUAAAUCAAAUCAAAAAAAAUGUUGAAAUUUGGAAAAAUCAUUUACCAAGAAUUCAACCACAUUAUGCUAUUAAAUGUAAUACUAAUAUUGAAGUUAUUAACUUACUUUAUAAAUUAGGAGUUAAUUUCGAUUGUGCAUCAAAAAAUGAAAUUGAUACAAUUUUAAAUUUAGGUUUUGAGUCAUCAAAAAUUGUUUAUGCAAAUCCUUGUAAAACAAAUUCAUUUAUAAGACAUGCAAAAAUUAAUAAUGUUAAUUUAACAACUGUUGAUAAUGUUGAUGAAUUAUAUAAAUUAGCAAAAUUUCAUUCAAAUUGUAAAAUUUUAAUUAGAAUUAUGACUGAUGAUGAAGAUGCUCAAUGUAGAUUAAGUACUAAAUUUGGUUGUGAUUUAAAUGUUGCAAUUGAACAAAUUUUACCAAUUGCUCAAAAUUUAGGUUUAAAUGUUGUUGGUGUUGCAUUUCAUGUUGGAUCAGGUGCAAAAGAUUUUAAAUCUAUUUAUAAAGCUAUUAGAGAUUCUAGAAUUUUAUUUGAUGCUGCUAAAAAAUUUGAUUUUAAUAUGAAUAUUUUAGAUAUUGGUGGUGGAUUUGAAUUUGAAACUUUUUUAGAAUCUUCCAAAAUGGUUAAUGAUUCAAUUGAUGAAUUUUUUGCAUCCACUGAUGUUAAAUUAAUUGCAGAACCUGGUAGAUUUUUUGUUGCUAAUGCUUUUACAUUAGCUACUCAUAUUAUUGCUAAAAGAUCAUUACCAAAAAAUGAAGAUAAUAUUAAUUCAAUGAUUUAUAUAAAUGAUGGAGUUUAUGGUAAUAUGAAUUGUAUAUUAUUUGAUCAUCAAAAACCAUUAGCUUUUGUUUUAAAAAAUAAAGAUGGUUAUCAUUACAUGGAGAGAGAAUUGAAAACUAUUAGUUAUUCAAUUUGGGGACCGACUUGUGAUGGUUUAGAUUGUGUUUCUUCAAAAAGUUUUUUAAAUUAUAAAGUUGAAGUUGGUGAUUGGUUAUAUUUCCCAAAUUUAGGUGCUUAUACUAGUUGUGCAACUACUCAAUUUAAUGGAUUUAAAAAUGAUACUAAAAUUUUAUAUGUUUAG